AUGAAUUCUGAGGAACAAUUUGAAGAAAGACUACUGAAUGGGUAAAAUGUACAUACAGUUUCUGAAAGGUUAAUUUAGGUUCCUAAAUACAAAAGUUCAUAUGAUGUGGGAUCCCUAGAAUUGGAAUUUGAUUUUGCUAGAAAGUAAAAAUUAGUUGCUAAGAAAAACAACAGUGUAUUAAGAUCAGAAAGAUGA